CAGUCAAUUUUUGGAGAAAUUAUUUUGUUCGAUAUAUUCGAUAACCACUCAUUCCCCAAGUUAACACCAUGGACCCAAUCUUUCAGACAACUAAUCCAAAAUAUGCCCACUUCUAACUACGCUAAUAAGAAUACAGGUGAUCCAGUACAUGCUGUGGAAGGUGGUCAAGAUCAAAGGUCAAUGGCACCACAGUUCCUCAAGCGCGCCAAGACACCCUACAUGUUGUUUUCACAAGUAAACUGGAAGCGUGUGCGCAAGGAAAGUCCUGAAGUCAGCUUUGUCAAAGUUGGCGAUCUUCUGGGCAUCAUGUGGACAAAUCUAGCCGAGACGGAGAAGGCUGUAUAUGUGAAGAUGGCCAGAAAUGACGCGGAACGCUACGAAAAGAAGCUGUGCUGCGAUAGGGCCGCGACAGCAUAAAACCAACAAAGCAGUCAAGGAUUUCUUACCAUAUAAUUAGCUGACCUUUCUUGACGAUGAAAUGGCAUGGCCAUUCGAGCAAAGGUGC